AUGUAUGCUACUGGUGUGUCUACUCCACAGAGUGCUGCAUCAUUGCGACCUUUGAUGCUCUCGCACGGCGACAUUGAGCACACUCUGUUGGUUCCAACUUCUUUGUAUUUGAACUGUUCACAAUUAAGAGACCAGUAUUUGGCCACUCUGCCACCUCCUACUGAGGGAAACGCCGGUGAUGAUGAACCUGCUUCGUCAACUGAGCUUUUGGCCGACUUUUUGGGAUUCACUUCUACUUUGGUCGACGAAGAGCCUGGUCCUUAUGAUGACGUUUUAGCACUUGUUUUGACCGAGUUCGAGUCACGUUAUUUGCAAGGAAACGAUGUACACGCUGUUGCUGCUGCUCUUCAAACCGCUGGCAGCGAAGGUGAGGCUUCUGGCACCACUGUUGAGAAGAUCAAGAAGGUUGUCAAGUCGUACUACUCUGCUCGUUUGGCUGCCAACAGACCCAUUAAGUCUCACGACUCUGCUCUUUUGCGCGCUGCCGGCGAUGACAGGGCUACUUUGCACGCCAUUUUCGGUGGCCAAGGCAACACUGAAGACUACUUUGAAGAGCUUCGUGAUAUUUAUAAUGUUUACAACGGAACUAUCAGCGACUUUAUUGAAUUGGUUGCUGACAAGUUAUUGCAAUUGUCUAGAGAGCACUCUGAUGCUAACAAGAUUUACACCAAGGGCUUGGAUAUCUUGAGAUGGUUGAAUCACCCCGAGACUACUCCCGAUAACGACUAUUUAAUUUCUGCUCCCAUCUCUGUUCCUGUUAUCGGAGUUAUCCAGCUUGCUCAUUAUGCCAUUACCUGUAGAGUUCUUGGCAAGACCCCUGGUGAGUUCCGUGAGUACCUUUCUGGUGCUACCGGUCAUUCUCAAGGUCUCGUUACUGCUGUCACUAUUGCCUCAUCUGACUCUUGGGAGUCUUUCUUUGAUUCCGCUUUAAAGGCUAUGACUAUUUUCUUCUACAUUGGUUUAAGAUGUCAACAGCAAUACCCUCACACUUCUUUGCCUCCUUCUGUUUUGGAGGACUCUGUUGCUGAGGGUGAAGGAAAGCCUUCCCCUAUGCUUUCCGUUCGUGAUUUGUCUCAAGAACAAUUGCAAAAGUUUGUUGAUAUUACCAACCAACAUUUGCCCAAGGAGAAGCACAUUGUCAUCUCUCUUAUCAACGGUGCCAGAAACAUGGUUGUUACUGGUCCUCCUCAAUCCUUGUACGGUCUUAACCUCACUCUUCGUAAGGCCAAGGCUCCCACUGGCUUGAACCAAGGCCGUGUUCCUCACAGUCAAAGAAAGCUUCGUUUCUCUAACAGAUUCUUGCCUAUUACUUCGCCAUUCCACUCUCCUUUGUUGACUGAUGCCACUGACAUCAUUGUUUCUGACUUGAAGUCUGCUGGUGUUGAGUUCACUGCCUCUGGUUUGGCCAUUCCUGUAUACGACACAUACGAUGGAUCUGACUUCAGAUCUUCGCAAUCCUCGAUUGUUGCUCGUGUUAUUGAACUCAUUACUCACUUGCCAGUUAACUGGGAGAUUGCCACCAAGUUUUCUUCUACACACAUUCUUGAUUUCGGUCCUGGUGGUCUUUCUGGUUUGGGUCUCCUUACUCACCGUAACAAGGACGGUACCGGUGUUCGUGUUAUCCUUGCCGGUGUUUUGGAUGGUUCUGCCUCUCAAGAAGAAUUCGGUUACAAGCAAGAGCUGUUUGACAGAGAAGAGGGUGCUGUCCGUGUUGCCCUUGACUGGGUCAAGGAAUUCUCCCCCAAGCUUAUCAAGACCAAGAGCGGUGUUACAUAUGUUGAUACUAAGUUCUCGAGACUGCUUGGAAGACCUCCUCUCAUGGUUCCUGGUAUGACACCUACCACUGUUCGUCCCGAGUUUGUUGCUGCCACUCUCAACGCUGGUUAUCACAUUGAGUUGGGUGGUGGUGGUUACUUCAUGCCCAGCAUGCUUACUGCUGCUCUUGAGAAAAUUAAGAAUGCUACUAAGCCUGGUGUUGGUAUCACUCUUAACGUUCUGUACGUUAACCCAGUCAUGCUUCAGUGGUGUAUUCCUCUUAUUGAGAACCUCCGUAAGGAUGGUUUCCCUAUUGAAGGUUUGACUAUUGGUGCUGGUGUUCCAUCUCUGGAUGUUGCCAACGAGUACAUUCGCAACUUGGGCUUGAAGCACAUCUCAUUCAAGCCUGGUACUGUGGAGUCCAUUGCUACUGCUGUCAGCAUUGCUGCUGCCAACCCUAGCUUCCCAGUUAUUAUUCAAUGGACUGGUGGUCGUGGUGGUGGACACCACUCGUUUGAGGACUUCCACGCUCCCGUUCUUCAAAUGUACUCUAAGAUCAGACGCCAACCUAAUAUCAUCCUUGUUGGUGGUUCUGGUUUCGGUAGUGCUGAGGAUACUUACCCAUACUUGACUGGUGAGUGGUCUACUAAGUUCAACUAUCCUCCCAUGCCAUUUGACGGUUUCUUGUUGGGUUCCAGAGUCAUGGUUGCUAAGGAGACUUUCACUUCCCCUGAUGCUAAGAAGGCUAUUGUCAAUGCCCCUGGUGUCGCUGAUAAGGACUGGGAGAAGACUUACAAGGGUGCCACUGGUGGUAUCAUCACUGUUAACUCUGAGAUGGGUGAACCCAUCCAUAAGUUGGCUACUCGUGGUGUUUUGUUCUGGCACGAGCUUGAUAACAUGAUCUUCAGCCUGCCUAAGAAUAAGAGAGUUGAGGUUCUUGCUUCUAAGCGUGAUUAUAUUAUCAAGCGUCUUAAUGACGAUUUCCAAAAGACCUGGUUCGGUCGUGACUUUAGCGGCAAGGUCGUUGAUUUGGAAGAUAUGACUUACGGUGAAGUCGUUUCUCGUUGUAUCGAUUUGCUCUUUGUCAAGAAGGAGAAGAGAUGGAUUGAUACCACUCUCCGUAACUUUACUGGUGAUUUCAUUAGACGUUUGGAAGAGCGUUUCACCACUGAGAGCGGUAAGCUUUCUGUCUUGCAAUCAUACAGCCAACUUGACGAGCCUUUUGGUACUUUGGACAGAGUUCUCGAAGCUUACCCCGAAGCCAAGACUCAAAUCAUCAAUGCUCAAGACAAGGACUACUUCUUGCUGCUUUGUCGUAGACCCACUCAAAAGCCUGUUCCUUUCAUCCCUGCUCUUGAUGACAACUUCGAAUUUUACUUCAAGAAGGAUUCUCUUUGGCAAUCUGAGGAUUUGGCUGCUGUCGUUGGUGAAGAUGUCGGCCGUACCUGUAUUCUUCACGGUCCUGUUGCUGCCAAAUUCUCCGCCAAGAUUGAUGAGCCCAUUCAAGAUAUCUUGGACGGAAUCCACAAUGGUCACAUUGAGAAACUUCUUAGCGACUUCUAUGGUGGUGAUGCCUCCAAGGUUCCUGUCAUUGAAUCGUUCGGUGGCCAACCUCCUAAGGGCGAGUCUGACAUUGAGUUCACCUAUUCAGGUGUGACUGUUCUUCACGAGGGUGACAAUGUUGUUUACAAGAUUGAUGCCAAUGCUAGUGACUCUGCAUUCCCAUCUCUUGAAGAGUGGAUUAAUCUUGUUGCUGGUGAAACUUAUUCUUGGAGAUACUCUUUGUUGUCUGCCAACAUUGUUGUCCAAGGAACUAAGCAUCAACCUAACCCUCUUAAGCAAGUCUUGGCUCCUGUUAGAGGUCUCAAGGUCGAGAUUACUGAUGUUAGCAAGCCUGAUUCUACUGCCAUCAAGGUCUACGAGCCUAUCAAUGGCAAAUUGACCAAGGUUGUCGAGAUCUCCAAAUCUAGCAAGGAUGUCAUCAAGGUUCACUUGAUUGAACACAGAACCUACGAGAAGAAACCUGUCGCCAUGGAGCUUCUUUAUACCUACCAACCUGAGCUCGGUUACGCUCCUAUUCAAGAAGUCAUGGAAGGCAGAAACCAAAGAGUUAAGGAUUUCUACUGGAAGGUCUGGUUCGGUUCUAACGAAAAGACUCCUAUUGACCUUGAUGUCACUAAGCCUUGGGAUGGUGAUUCUGUCACUGUUGAAGGUAAAGCUAUUGCAGACUUUGUUCACGCUGUUGGAAACAAUGGUGAGGCCUUCGUUGAGAGACCUAACAAGGUCACUUAUGCCCCCAUGGACUUCGCCAUUGUCACUGGUUGGAAGGCCAUUAUCAAGGCCAUCUUCCCCAAUGUCAUUGACGGUGAUAUCUUGAAGCUUGUCCACCUUUCCAAUGGUUUCAAGAUGUUCACUGGUGCUGAGCCAUUGAAGAAGGGAGAUGUUGUUUCUACAACUGCCAGCCUUAAGUCUGUCACCAUCCAACCUUCUGGUAAGGUUGUUGAGGUUUCAGGAAUUCUUACUAGAGAGGGCAAGCCUAUUAUGGAAGUCACUUCUCAAUUCUUGUACAGAGGUUCUUUUGACGACUACAAGAACUGCUUCCAACGCAAGGAUGAGACUCCUGUUGAAAUUCAUCUCAAGUCUCCUAAGGAUGUUGCUGUGUUGUGCUCCAAGGAAUGGUUUGAGCUUGACGACUCUUCUAUUGAUCUUUUGGGCAAGUCUUUGACUUUCAGAACCCAAUCUUUCGUUAGAUUUAAGAACGCUACUGUGUUUAGCACUGUCGAGACCACUGGUCAAGUUCUUCUCGAGUUGCCUACCAAGGAGGUCAUUCAAAUUGGUACCGUGAACUACGAGGCUGGCGAGUCUUAUGGUAACCCAGUCAUUGACUACUUGCAAAGAAAUGGUCAAGUUGUUGAGCAACCUGUUCAAUUUGAGAACGCCAUCCCUCUUAAUGCUGGAACUGUUUUGGCUUCCAGAGCUCCAUCUUCCAAUGAGCCUUAUGCCAACGUUUCUGGUGACUACAACCCUAUUCACGUCUCCAGAGUUUUUGCUCAGUACGUCAACUUGCCUGGUACCAUCACCCACGGCAUGUACUCUUCUGCUGCUGUUAGAUCUUUGGUCGAAACUUGGGCCGCUGCUAACAAUGUUAGCCGUGUUCGUGCCUUCAACUGUUCGUUUGUUGGUAUGGUCCUUCCUAAUGACGAUAUUGAGACCAAGUUGGAGCACAUUGGUAUGAUUAACGGUAGAAAGAUUAUCAAGGUCGAAAGUUUCAAGAGAGAGACCAACGAGCCCGUAUUGGUGGGUGAAGCUGAGGUUGAGCAACCUAUCUCUUCUUAUGUCUUCACUGGUCAAGGUUCUCAAGAACAAGGUAUGGGUAUGGAUCUUUACGAGUCCAGCGAAGUUGCACGCAAGGUCUGGGAUAGAGCCGAUAUUCACUUCUUGAACAAUUAUGGUUUCUCUAUCAUCAACAUUGUCAAGAACAAUCCCAAGGAGUUGACUGUCCACUUCGGAGGAUCUCGUGGUAAGGCUAUUCGUGAGAAUUAUAUUUCCAUGAUGUUCGAAACUGUCGAUGAAAACGGACAGAUUAAGAGCGAGAAGAUCUUCAAGUCAAUCACUGAAGAUACUGAUUUCUACACUUUCAAGUCACCAACUGGUUUGCUUUCAGCUACCCAAUUCACACAACCUGCUCUUACCUUGAUGGAGAAGGCCAGUUUUGAAGACAUGAAGUCCAAGGGUUUGAUUGACUCCAGUAGUUCUUUCGCUGGUCACUCCCUUGGUGAGUAUUCUGCUCUUGCGUCUCUUGGUGAUGUUAUGCCAAUUGAGAGUUUGGUUGAUGUUGUUUUCUAUAGAGGUAUGACCAUGCAAGUGGCUGUUCCUCGUGACUCUGCUGGCAGAUCGAAUUACGGUAUGGUUGCUGUUAACCCAUCAAGAGUUUCUCCUACUUUCAACGAUGCUGCAUUGAGAUUUGUUGUUGACCACAUUUCUCAACAGACCAAGUGGUUAUUGGAGAUUGUUAACUACAACGUUGAAAACCAGCAAUACGUCGCUGCUGGUGAUUUGCGUGCUCUUGACACCCUUACCAAUGUUCUCAACUUCUUGAAGAUUCACAAGAUUAACAUUGACAAACUCCUUGAGACCAUCCCUGUUGAAGAAGUCAAGCAGCAUUUGACUGAAAUUGUUGACGAGGUUGCCAAGAAGAGUACUGCUAAGCCUCAGCCCAUUGAUUUGGAGAGAGGUUUUGCUGUCAUCCCACUUAAGGGCAUCAGUGUUCCAUUCCACAGUUCAUACUUGAGAAGCGGUGUCAAGCCUUUCAAGAACUUCCUUAUCAAGAAGGUUCCUCAAUCAGCUGUCAAGCCUGCAAGUCUGAUCAACAAGUAUAUUCCUAACUUGACUGCCAAGCCAUUCAAGAUUACCAAGGAAUACUUCCAAGAGGUUUAUGACUUGACUGGAAGUGAAAAGAUUAAGAAUGUAUUGGACAACUGGGAGAGCUAUGAGAGUUCAUAA